CGUCCAAAUACACACCGACGGCGCCUGCCUGGGCAACCCCGGCCCUGGCGGCUAUGGCGUCGUUCUCCGCUACGGCGACCGCAGCAAGGAAUUGAGCGGCGGCUACCGCCUCACCACCAACAACCGCAUGGAACUGCUGGCCGUCAUCAAGGCCUGGAGUCCCUCAACCAGCCCUGCAAAGUGGCCCUCUACAGCGAUUCCAAGUAUGUCGUUGACGCCAUGGCGAAGGGCUGGGCCGUAAAGUGGCGGGCCAGCGGCUGGAUGCGCAACAAGCGCGACAAGGCGGUGAACCCCGACCUCUGGGCCCGAUUGCUGGACUUAUGUGGCACCCACGACGUUGAUUUCCAGUGGGUCAAGGGCCAUGCGGGAGUAGCCGACAACGAGCGCUGCGACCGGUUGGCAGUCUCGGCGGCCAAUCAACCGAGCCUGCCCGAAGACCCCGGCUAUCCGCCCCGCACCUGA